CUUUUCUCUUUGUACAGCAGCCACGCAUUUUGAUCCAGUCGUUAUAGGGUUGACACAACUGAUAGAGUUGGGUAUAAAAACGAUCGGCUGGUCAAUAGUGCAGUGUCAGUUGUUCGUCAACUGUUGUUCAGUCACAUUCUCUUAAAGAACCAUGAAGGUUUGCUUCGUCGUCGCUCUUUUUGCUUGCGCAUUAGCUGCUGCUAAUGUCGCUCAAGUUGCCGCUGAAGCUGUUGCUGAUCCUGCUGCCACUGUGUAUGUGUCCCAAGAAGAUGAUGAUGGAAAUAACGAAACUACUGAAUCAAUAAAUUCCGCGAACAAGGAUGAUGACGACGACUACAAAAACGAAAAGGAAAUAUUCGACAAGGAAGUAGAAAAGAUAUCCAAUUCACAAGAAUCUUCCGAAGAACUCGUUGCAAAAACAACAACUGACACUGAAAUUCCUUCCUGCAAACCAAUUUACAUUUACCUUCCAGCUCCAGCACCUACAACAGCAGCACCUGUUUACGUUAGACCAACCACCGCUGCACCCGUUUACGUUGCUCCUACAACAGCAGCUCCUGUUUACGUUGCACCCAAGACCGCUGCUCCAGUCUACGUUGCACCCAAGACCGCUGCUCCAGUCUACGUUGCACCCAAGACCGCUGCACCAGUCUAUGUUGCACCAACCACUGCUGCUCCAGUCUACGUUGCACCCAAGACCGCUGCUCCCGUCUACAAAGCUCCUGCCUACGUCGCUCCUACCUACGUUGCUCCCGUUUAUGUAGCCCCUUCAACCAUUGAAGUUAAAACACCAGGAAAGAAAUACGGGUCAGUUAGAGCUCCAGGAUACAACUUAGGUUAUGCUAAGACCGAAACCAGCGAACCAGCAACAGUUGAAGUGAAGACAACCUACAAAACUGUUGAGGCUGAGCGACCAAAAUACGUAGCCCCCGAACCCAAAUACGUCGCUCCUGUUUACGUUGCACCGACUGCUGCUCCAGUCUACGUUGCACCCAAGACCGCUGCUCCAGUCUACGUUGCACCCAAGACCGCUGCUCCAGUCUACGUUGCACCAACCACCGCUUCUCCCGUUUAUGUUUCUCCCACAACUGCAGCCCCCGUUUACGUUGCACCAACCACCGCUGCUCCAGUCUACGUUGCACCUAAGACCGCUGCACCAGUCUACGUUGCACCAACCACCGCUGCCCCAGUCUACGUUGCACCCAAGACCGCUGCUCCCGUCUACAAAGCUCCUGCCUACGUCGCUCCUACCUACGUUGCUCCCGUUUAUGUAGCCCCUUCAACCAUUGAAGUUAAAACACCAGGAAAGAAAUAUGGGUCAGUUCGAGCUCCAGGAUACAACUUGGGUUAUGCAAAGACCGAAACCAGCGAAGCAGGUACAGUUGAAGUAAAGACAACCUACAAAACUGUAGAAGUUGAACAACCUAAGUACGUAGCCCCUGAACCCAAAUACGUAGCACCCGAACCCAAAUACCCAGUCUACGUUGCACCAACUACUGCUGCACCAGUCUACGUUAAACCAACCACCGCUGCACCCGUUUAUGUUGCUCCCACAACUGCAGCCCCCGUUUACGUGGCACCAACCACCGCUGCUCCAGUCUACGUUGCACCCAAGACCGCUGCUCCAGUCUACAAAGCCCCAGCCUAUGUCGCUCCUACCUACGUCGCUCCUUCAACUUAUGAAGUUAAAACCCCUGGAAAGAAAUACGGAUCUGUUCGAGCUCCAGGAUACAACUUGGGUUAUGCAAAGACCGAAACCAGCGAAGCAGGAACAGUUGAAGUAAAGACAACCUACAAAACUGUAGAAGUUGAACAACCUAAGUACGUAGCCCCUGAACCCAAAUACGUAGCACCCGAACCCAAAUACCCAGUCUACGUUGCACCAACUACUGCUGCACCAGUCUACGUUAAACCAACCACCGCUGCACCCGUUUAUGUUGCUCCCACAACUGCAGCCCCCGUUUACGUGGCACCAACCACCGCUGCUCCAGUCUACGUUGCACCCAAGACCGCUGCCCCAGUCUACAAAGCCCCAGCCUAUGUCGCUCCUACCUACGUCGCUCCUUCAACUUAUGAAGUUAAAACCCCUGGAAAGAAAUACGGAUCUGUUCGAGCUCCAGGAUACAACUUGGGUUAUGCAAAGACCGAAACCAGCGAAGCAGGAACAGUUGAAGUAAAGACAACCUACAAAACUGUAGAAGUUGAACAACCUAAGUACGUAGCCCCUGAACCCAAAUACGUAGCACCCGAACCCAAAUACCCAGUCUACGUUGCACCAACUACUGCUGCACCAGUCUACGUUAAACCAACCACCGCUGCACCCGUUUAUGUUGCUCCCACAACUGCAGCCCCCAUUUACGUGGCACCAACCACCGCUGCUCCAGUCUACGUUGCACCCAAGACCGCUGCUCCAGUCUACAAAGCCCCAGCCUAUGUCGCUCCUACCUACGUCGCUCCUUCAACUUAUGAAGUCAAAACCCCAGGAAAGAAAUACGGAUCUGUUCGAGCUCCAGGAUACAACUUGGGUUAUGCAAAGACCGAAACCAGCGAAGCAGGCACAGUUGAAGUAAAGACAACCUACAAAACUGUAGAAGUUGAACAACCUAAGUACGUAGCCCCUGAACCCAAAUACGUAGCACCCGAACCCAAAUACCCAGUCUACGUUGCACCAACUACUGCUGCACCAGUCUACGUUAAACCAACCACCGCUGCACCCGUUUAUGUUGCUCCCACAACUGCAGCCCCCGUUUACGUGGCACCAACCACCGCUGCUCCAGUCUACGUUGCACCCAAGACCGCUGCUCCAGUCUACAAAGCCCCAGCCUAUGUCGCUCCUACCUACGUCGCUCCUUCAACUUAUGAGGUUAAAACCCCUGGAAAGAAAUACGGAUCUGUUCGAGCUCCAGGAUACAACUUGGGUUAUGCAAAGACCGAAACCAGCGAAGCAGGAACAGUUGAAGUAAAGACAACCUACAAAACUGUAGAAGUUGAACAACCUAAGUACGUAGCCCCUGAACCCAAAUACGUAGCACCCGAACCCAAAUACCCAGUCUACGUUGCACCAACUACUGCUGCACCAGUUUACGUUAAACUAACCACCGCUGCACCCGUUUAUGUUGCUCCCACAACUGCAGCCCCCGUUUACGUUGCACCAACCACUGCUGCUCCAGUCUACAAAGCCCCAGCCUAUGUCGCCCCUGCUUAUGGCGCCCCUUCAACCUAUGAAGUUAAAACACCAGGAAAAAAAUACGGAUCAGUUCGAGCACCAGGAUACAUCUUGGGAUAUGCUAAGACCGAAACCAGCGAACCAGCUACGGUUGAAAUAAAAACCACUUACAGAACUGUUGAACAGCCCAAAUAUGUUCAGGUUCAGUCGUACAGAACAGUCGAACCUCAACGAGUCUAUUCCACCCCUAAAGUCUCUGCCCCAGUUUAUAGUGCACCUAAAGCAGCAGCUCCAACUUACGUGGCCUCUUCUUAUGCUCAACCAAGAUAUUAUGCUGCACCGAAUAACCAAUAUGUCUCGGCUCCAGUUGCUUCAUACAAACCUGUUGAGUUACCCAAGUAUCCAGUCUACGUUGCACCAGCACCUGUUGCACCAGCUUAUGUGUCAUCUUACGCACCGGUAGAAGUGAAACGCCCUGGUAAGAAAUACGGUUCUGUUCGUGCUGUUGGGUAUAAUUUGGGUUACGCUAAGACGGAAACCAGUACAAAUUAAAAUAUAUUUCAGAAUUUUUAAAAUCUAAAAUUUGCUUAUUGGCCGACAUCAACUUAAUGAAGUCGCUCAGAAAUGUAUUUAUGGUUUGAUUCAGAUUUAUUCACCAAUCUUGUGUGCAGUGAUGUGGACGUUUUGGUUUUUACUGUGACUUUAAUCAUGUAUAGGGUUUUAUGGUAGUUAAAUAGCUACACUUAUUGUGAUGCUUGUCAAAAGCCAUGCUUAUUUCGUAUAUUCUUCUGAAAAUAUAAUUUUAAAAAUAAAUAGUUUAAAUCA